AUGGCCAAACUUGAACGGUCUUUAAAGAUUCCACAGGGAACUGACCCUAAUCUGGGAAAUAAUCACUUAAAUAACCAUAAAGACGGAGAUUCUGACGAUUUUAGGUCAAAUGAAGAAGAAAUUAUGGACUUGGCCACUUUGUACGAUAAGCAGUUCCACGAAGUAAUUGGACGUGAUCCAUACAGGUGUAAACCAUGGAUAGAGCACGUUAAUCUGCUGAAGUCGUUAAGACCCCCAAGGAAAACUCGACAAUUAUACAGAAUUUCAGAUAUUUGGAAACUUAACAGGGUGGAUCAGGCCCCUGAACAAGGGAAAGCGACAGUCCUGUUAGGUGAUGUAUCAUACGAGAAUAUAAAUAACAAGAUAUUUAAAGCUUAUGAAAAGGCCGUAAAGUACAUUCCUCUUAGUUAUAAGGUGUGGUAUAACUAUGUUAAGGACCUAGUAGAGGAUAUAUCUGAGCCAUUUGUAUCUGAUCCCCAGCCGUAUGAAAGAGUAAACUUAGUGUUUGAGUCCUGUUUGAUACACAACUUUGCAUAUCCUACAUUUUACCUGUUAUAUGGAGCAUUUUUGAGAUUCCAACAUCGCAUUACAAAGGUCAGACGCCUAUACGAUAAGGCACUACUUAACAUUGCAAUAACACAGCACCACCUCAUCUGGGACGAGUACCUCAAAUUUGUCAAUGAAGUGGACUUGUUACCCCUAGGCAAAGCAGUUUAUAGGAGAUAUAUACAGCUAAAACCGAGCUAUAGAGAAGUGCUUUACGAAUUUUUGAAGAGGCAUGGGAGCUACGAUGACGCGGCUCAGGUCCUAUAUAAGCUCCUUAAUGACCAUACUUUCGCUUCAGAAUCAGGCAAAUCUUCAUAUGAUUUAUGGAUUGAGCUCUGUGAGUUGAUCCGAGACCACUCUGAUGCCAUAACCAGUAUACCCGUCGAAACCUUGAUUAAGGAGGGGAUCGGAAAAUAUACAGACCAAGUUGCGACCCUCUGGAUUAUUCUGGCUGAUAUUUACAUUGUUAGAGGGCAACUAAACAUCGCAAGAGACACUUACGAGGAGGCUCUGGAUAGAGUAACUACGGUUCAAGAUUUUUCAAUAAUCUUCGAUGUGUAUGCUAAAUUUCUGGAAAAUUACGCGAAACAAUCGAAUAAACUGGGGACUGACCAAUUGGAAACGUUAAUGACAGUUGAAAGGUUGGAGAGUUUGGUCAAUAACAGAGCAUUGCUCCUGGCUUCUGUGAAGCUUAAACAGAACAUCCACAACGUAUACAACUGGAUCAAUUACAUACAACUGUUCAAGGACGACCCUAAUAGGAUGGUUGAGAUAUACGCAGAGGCCGUUCAGACUAUUGACGUGUCAAAGAGUGUGGGUAGAGUUACUGAACUUUGGGCACGUUUCGCUACUUUUUACGAGGAACGAAGUGAUUUGGAAAACGCAGAUAAGAUAUAUGAAAAGGCUUCGAAAUCAGACUUUAAGUACGUGGACGACCUUGCAACUCUCUGGUGUUGCUGGGUUGAGAUGUACCUUAGACAUAAGCAAUUCAAGAAGGCUCUUGAAAUCAGCCGCAGGUCUGUCAGCGGGAAUGGGAAAACCUCAAUUUCAAAGCGAUUACAUACUUCCGUUAAGCUCUGGACACUUUCCCUUGACAUGGAGCAGAACUUUGGCACCAUUGAAACAACCAGAGUGACCUUUAACAAGAUGGUUGAAUUGAAGGUUGUGACACCGCAAGUAGCUCUUAGUUUUGCAGGAUAUCUUGAACAGCACAAGUACUUUGAGGCUAGUUUCAACGCCUUCGAGAAAUGCGUCGUUCUCUUCAAGUGGCCUCAGCUUUACUACUUGUAUUUACCCUAUCUGACCAAGUUCGUCCGCAGGUAUAAAGGUACUAAGUUGGAGCGCGCUAGAGAAAUCUUCGACCAGUGCCUUUACAACAGGGAGUUGAAGGUUCCUCCCAAAUUUGUCAAGUACCUCUUCUACCUAUACGCUAGCAUGGAGGAGGAGUACGGCAUGGUAAAAAAGUUCCUUUCGAUCCUCGACGAUGCUUGUAAACUGGCUGAUAAGGAGGACCAGCUCACGCUGAUCAAGUUUUACGUGGCUAAGACCUGUGAGUUCUUUGGUGUCACUCAAACAAGACAAAUUUACCAACAGUGCCUUGAAUACGUCAGUGACGAUGUUGCUAGGGAACUCUGCUCCAUGUACAUUCAUAUGGAAAGAGGACUCGGUGAAAUUGAUCGUGCGAGAGCAAUCUAUGUCUACUCAUCUCAGAUUUCAGAUCCUUCAAUCAAUACUGACUUUUGGAAGGGUUGGAGAGAGUUUGAGGUUUUACAUGGGAACGAAGACUCGUUUAGGGAGAUGCUCAGAAUAAAGCGCAGUGUCCAGGCUCAGUACUCUAAGGUAUACUACAAUGUUGAGGAGGUUGGCCAGGACGAUGAAGUCGAGGAACUAGAAGAAAAUCCACUAACUGAACUGGAGAAACUAACACAAACAUAA